UGGUCAUACGCGUAAACCCUCUUCGCUAGAUUCUUCAGUAAGGCCACGAGAAAAUGAGUGCGAGGCGUUCGCCCAGACUAUCUCCGGGAAAGGUAAUGACCGCCACCGAACCAGUAGCAGGCGGUGGUGGUCAUGGCGCUCGCGGGCCGCCGAACGCCAAGCGGCAGAGACGCGCUACCGCACCCGAGGCCGCGGCUAACGGCGGCGCUCGUGCCGCAAGCCAAGAGGGGAAGAAGCCGGAGAAGGAAGAGGAGAACGGACCCUCGGCCUACGAGCUGCAGAGGCUCGCCAAGAUGAAAGAAAACGCGAUGAUGAUGGCGUCUCUGGGCCUCGGCGGCGCCAAGGAUAGCAUGCGCAAGGCUGUCAACAGCGACGCGGCCCAGAGGGCGAAGGCGCGGGGCCUAGGGCCCCGGCCGAACAAGGUCUAUCCUGCCAGAAGCAGGGAAUCUGCACGCGUGCGAGGCAAAACGCCAGAGGGUUUGCCGAUGGAGGACCCGGAAGAGGCGUUCAAUCGUAGGAGGCAGGGCUUCGACGGUCAGGGAACGACUGCGGCUGCGGCGGCGGCGGCGGCGGCGGCAUCGCCUAGGUCGCCUCGCAUUGAGGGAGACGUUUCUAUGGAGGAAACCAACGGCACCCUGGACGGGACUGUGCGCCUGAGACAGGCGGGUCAUUGUAUCGCCUGCUUUCUUCUCACGCCGAAGGCCCGGGAAAGGGCGGUUACCUCGGCUAGCGCCGCUCGUUGCUCGAAGUGCACGAUGCCUGUUUGUGCGUUGUCGCGGCGCAAGUCGGACGCCGACGAGUGCGGCGUAAAUCCUAGCAAGGCGGACGAAGUGGGGAACGUGGGACUGUGGACCGUGGAUGAGACCGACGAUAACGACGCAGCGCACGGGGUGUUCCAGUUCAAGCCUCACACCGGCGCAGUGCCCCGCAUGACUUUCGACCCGUUGGACGGCAACAAGAUGCUUUCCACGUCCUAUGACGGGACUGUGAGAAGGAUGGACGUAGAGAAGGGUGCCUUCGAACAGGGGUGA